CAAAACCAUCAGCAACAGUAAACAGACGUCGCCAUCCCUUUUCCACCUUCUUGCCAGAGGUGCCGACCCAGCAAUCGCAUUUCCAUGAGCUAGAUGGAAGCCCAAGCUAUCACCCGCAUAUUCCAGCAGCUGUUCACCCGCCCGUCUCGACGAUGCUUAUACUACGCCAAUGCAGCCCGCCGCCCAGUAGACCGCUCGUUCGGCCAGCACAGAACAUACUCAAGCCGUCGGAAACAAGAUGACAAGGAUGGAGGUAGCCCUUGGCAGCAGAGAAUCGACGCCUUUCCCAGGGACAUGAGCCGCCAACUGCAAGAAUACCCUCGAGUCACCGCACGCGACCUACAACAGCGGAACCAGCGGCCGCGCAGGGUGAAAAUGUACGCUCGGGACUUCAUUGAAGUUAUGCCUCCCAAGAAAUCUCCCAUGCCAUGGCACGGCUUCUCUAACACUGCGCAGACAGCCUCUACAACCCUCAGUACGGGUACUUCUCGAAACACGCGACCAUCUUCAGCGCCGGCAAGCCCUUUGACUUCCCCUCCAUACGCGACGGUGCCGAAUUCAACCGCCUUGUCGACCAGAGCUACGUCGAUUUCGAGAAUGCCCUCGAUGAGAUUGAGCCCAACGAGCUUCGCCAGCUCUGGCACACGCCAACCGAACUCUUCCGGCCAUUCUACGGUGAAGCCAUCGCCCGCUACUUGGUGACCAACUACAAGAUGACGCUCUUCCCCUACCACGAUCUGAUUAUAUACGAGCUGGGGGCCGGAAAUGGGACACUGAUGCGGAACAUACUGGAUUACAUCUUCGAGAACGAGCCGGAAGUCUAUGAACGCACAAAGUUCAAGAUCAUCGAGAUCUCCAAGUCAUUGGCAGAUUUACAGCUGACGAGCCUUUUACGUUCACCCUACGCCGAGUGCCACGUCGAGCAGGCGGAGAUCAUCAAUCGUUCCAUCUUCGAGUGGAACGAGUACAUCCAUUCACCAUGUUUCGUCCUGGCCCUGGAGGUCGUGGACAAUUUCCCCCACGACCAAAUACGCUAUGACCCGGAGACCGAAGAGCCGCUGCAAGGCAGCGUGUUGAUCGACGACGACGGCGAGUUUUUCGAGUUCUAUGAUCGGAACCUUGACCCCGUGGCAUUGCGGUACCUGCGUAUGCGAGAAGUCGCCGCCAGAUCACCUUUUAUCACGCCACUGUCACAGCCCAAGUUGCUCCGACAAUUGAGGCAUUCGCUUCCAUUCGCACCGAAUCUUACGAAGCCUGAGUAUAUCCCGACGCGGCUGAUGGAGUUCUUUGACGUGCUGCACCAAUACUUCCCAGCGCACCGGCUGGUCUUGUCGGACUUUGAUUACCUGCCCGAUGCGGUGGAGGGGUUGAACGCGCCGGUGGUGCAGACGCGGUAUCAACGGCAGAAUGUGCAGGUCUCAACACCCUACGUGCAUCAAGGGUAUUUUGACAUCUUCUUCCCCACGGACUUUGCCAUGAUGGAGGAUAUCUAUCGGGCUAUCACAGGGAAGUUGACGAGAGUCUCGACGCACAGUUCGUUUCUAGAGAGUUGGGCGUACCUGGAAGAGACACAGGUCCGCAAUGGGGAGAAUCCUAUGUUGUCGUGGUAUGCGAAUGCGAGUGUCAUGACCACUGUGUAGAGACCGGAGACUGGAGACUGUACUAUCGGAUAGUCAAGAUGCCAGUACUAGUAAAGAUGUGGCUACUAUUGGUGCUGGAGACAAUGCGAACGUUGACGAAAGAAUUGUACGCUCCAAUGUUGAUGAUGUCCUUUCCCC